CGCGCAGCCCUUCGAUAAGGAAGCCAAUGAUAGAGCCGGUUAUUGGCCGCCGUCGCUCCAGCCUCGGUAGCGGCCGUAUGAGCCUCUCCGGCUCCGGGGUCGGCCUCGAGCGCCUCGCCAUCAUCCGUCAGACCACCGAGUUUGAGCACAGCCAGCAGGAGCUGCGGCUGUCCGACAGCGGCGACAUCGACGAGAACCUGGGCAGCGAGCAGUUCGCAAAGGAUGAGGGCGAGUUCCACUAUCUGUCGCCGCGCGGCCUCGCCGGCGUGUCGCGGCGCUCGCUCGGGCCGUGGCUCCGGCGGGCGGGCUGGGCUCUAUUUUGCUACCUCGCGCUGCUCGGCCUCAUCCGGCUGGUGGUGCAGUCUCUGGUCAACGUGUCGACGCUCGACAUCGUGGACUUUACGCUGCGGGAGCCAUGGCAGCACUCCGCCGCCGCCGUUGUCGACGCACCCUUCACAUCCCCCUCUGGCUGCCGGUCGUGCCCGUGCUGACGGCGCCGCAGUCGGCGU